AAUUUACCCAUCGGAUGAAGAGGGACGCGUGUGGCUUCCGAUUGAAUGGCACCGUGAAUGGGAGGUGGCGCGAGUAAACCAGCAUCGCUAGCGCUGGAGCAAGACACGUCGACGGCAGCACUGACCGUCGUUACGCCCCUUCCAUCCACGAGCCCCAAGGCAGCGUCGUCGCCGAAAUACCAAGCGCGCCGCCAUUCGCAACGGCCAACGAAUCCGAGUUUCCCAACAAUUCCCCCCAUGGAAGAGCAGGUCGAGUUCUCGUCGAUGAAAGGGCUCCACGAUCGAGGGGGCGUGGCAGUCCACGAUGAAAACGAAAGGGGCUCCGAAGCGGAUAUAUCCCGGGAAGACACGGACUCUGUCCACGACGCGGGGUCGCCGCCGUUUGUGUGGAAGAAGGGGGAGCUGCUCGGCUCGGGCAGCUUUGGCUCGGUGUACCUGGCGCGUAACGAGACGACGGGCGACUUGAUGGCGGUCAAGGAAAUCUCCUAUGCGGAAGAAACGACGGACGAGAUCGCAGCCAUUCAACAAGAAGUCGCGGUGCUGCGAAGUCUAAACCACCCACACAUCGUCACGUACAUUGGGAGCGAGUUUCAUGCGGCGACGAGCACGCUGUACAUCUUUACGGAGUGGGUGCCGGGGGGCAGCUUGGAAGAUAACACCAAGACGUUUGGAUGCUCGGAAUCGGUGGCGCAAAACUACAUGUCCCAAGUGCUCUUAGGCGUGCAGUACCUCCAUUCCCGCCACGUCAUCCACUACGACAUCAAGCCAUCGAACAUUCUGAUCGACCAACACGGGGCAGUCAAGCUCGCCGACUUCGGGGCGUCGCGGCUCUUGAGCGCGAGCUCUAUCGCCAAGUCCAAAUCGAUGCGAGGAACGCCAUACUACAUGGCGCCCGAAGUGAUCAAGCAACAAGCGCACGAUACCAAGGCAGACAUUUGGAGUCUCGGGUGCACCUUGCUCAAGAUGCUGACGGGAGUCCCCCUGUGGAAAGACCUCAAGUUCCAAACCCAAGUGGCGCUGUUUUACCACAUUGCCAACCUGACGAGUCCCCCGCCGCUUCCACCGUGUCUGACCGACUUGUCCAAGUCGUUUGUCCUGGCGUGUUUGCAAAUUCCACCGGACGACCGAUGGAGUGCGGACCAACUUCUCCGCCAUCCAUUCAUCCGGCAGCGCCACGUCGCCCCGCCUUCCCGUCGAUCGUCUACCCACACCACCCAUGCCCGCGCCAGCACGGCAGCACCGUCCACCACCACCAGUUCCUCAAACUAUGCACAGCACCACCGCAAGACUCUCACGUUGGACUUUGAUGCACCAGACGAUGACAUCGAUGAUGGCAGUGACGUGAAAGAGGCAGGACAUGCGAAUGGACCGAAACAUGACAAUAUACCACCACGAGUGUGCAAGACAGCUUUCGCACAUCCAGACAACCAAUCGACGCCCCUGCAGCUGCCGCAUGCAGCCCGAGUCCACCACGGGCCUGGAACUGGCCCAGUGCAGACCAAAUCCCCGAGACCACCAGCCAGUGACGUCGGGAAGGUCGCACAGGACUGCUUGCCGCGCGCUGCCAAACACUCUGCAGCAACUACGUCGCGAAGCACGAGUGAUGAGAAGUUGGACAACCACCAUCAACGCCAUGGAAAGCAUCCAACUCCUCCCAAGACUUCCCGCGGCGAUAGCUCGGAGAAAUUGCCGAGCUUGACGCCACCAAAGAUGAAACUCUCGGAUCCUCACGUACCAACCAUCGCGAUGAACAAACAGGCAGCGCCAUCUGAAAACGGAGCAGACGGUCGAGGCGGAGAUCGCCGGCGGCCAUCUCUGCCUACGGAGUCUCUUGACUGUGAUCUGACCAUUCCUGAAGCAAUGCCGAUACUUGGCCCAUCCAAUUCUCCCGACAAGAUAACAAGACCCAAUGAUCCCCGCAUGUCGAGGCCUUCGGAGAACAGCGCGGCAGACGUGGGGUCUAUUGAGUGUCGCGUUUCGAAGAACGCCUUUGACGACACGCCGAUUCUCACAGACGCUGCGAAGCGAGAGAGAGACUUCGCGGUGGAACGUGAAGAGCAGAAGCGGCGCAUGAAGGAGCAGCGAGAGCGAGAGUGGCGGGAAGAGCAAGAGGCAUACAAGCGAUCUCUUCAGCGAUGACGCACUCGGCGACCAUCCCGACGACUGCCGGCCCAACUGGGCAAAUCUUCAUCGAUGACGACCAUGUGGAACAUGACAUGUCAAAAUUAUUAUCAUUCGCAUCUCUAUGAAACCAAGUUUUGCACCAUUUGAAUAAAAU